CGUGGACGACUCUCCAUCAUUCCUAGAUUCUCCUCCUGCAAAUCGAACCACUGUGUAGAGAAGCUGACAAAAAAAUUCAGUUUUAAGCAGGAAACUGAAAUUAAAGGACUGAUCGUGGAAUUCGAAGAAAUCUAGACGAAGAUUGUAAAGAAAAAUGGCUUCGUAUAGCUGCUAUUCGGUGAGCUUUACAGCUCAAUCCUUCAAUCCAAACAAGCCCUUAGCUCCCCCACCCAAUCAGCUUUCGAGAUUCUCAUCGUGCCAAUCAAAGCUCCCACUUUUAUCUCUUCAUUUAAGUCGGAAUCGAUCGCGUAACCGUUUCAGUAAAUCGAAAGCUUCUCCUGGUUUGCUGGUGGCUGCGUCGGCGGAAAAAGCGGAGCCGUUGAGGAUAAUGAUAUCAGGAGCUCCUGCUUCUGGUAAAGGAACUCAAUGCGAGCUCAUCACUAAGAAGUAUGAUUUGGUGCACGUAGCGGCCGGGGAUCUUCUGAGGGCUGAAGUUGCCUCUGGUACAGAAAAUGGGAAGCGAGCAAAGGAAUUCAUGGAAAAGGGGCAGCUUGUCCCAAAUGAAAUAGUUGUCAUGAUGGUGAAAGAUCGUUUAUCGCAGCAAGAUUCUGAGGAGAAGGGGUGGCUUCUGGACGGGUAUCCAAGGAGUCAAUCCCAAGCUACUGCUCUCAAGAGUUUCGGGUUUGAUCCCGAUAUCUUCAUUCUUCUUGAAGUACCUGAAGAGAUCCUCGUUGAGAGAGUUGUGGGCCGUAGACUAGAUCCUGUUACGGGGAAAAUAUACCAUCUUAAAUAUUCUCCUCCAGAAACUGAAGAAAUUGCUGCAAGACUUACUCAACGCUUUGACGACACUGAAGAAAAGGUUAAACUGCGGUUGGUCACUCAUAACAGUAAUGUAGAGGAUGUGCUUUCAAUGUACGGAGACAUUACAGUCAAAUUAGAUGGAAGUCAACCCAAACUGGAGGUAUUUUCACAAAUCGACAGUAUAUUGUCAGAGUUACUUGAGAAAAAAGUGGCUGCAUUGGGUCCAGUGGCUGCGUAAAACAAUCUCCUCUCGGAAAUUCUGAGAUAAGCAGAAAUGGGAAACCUCACGAAGAUUACUACAAAGAGGGAGGUAAACAAAUAUAUAGAGGAUUAAAUCAGAAUUAUAUCGAUUUAUUUCAUGAAAUUUCGGUUUCAGUUGUCAAUUGUCGUGAUUCUUGGAGAGAGAACAAAGAAGGGUUUUCAUGUAUAGAUACAGAAUCUUUCUGACUUAGCUCCAUUGCUGCAUUUCACCUUGUUGGAAUUUAUCAAUUGUAAAAAUUUAUUCUUUGUCCAUUUACGGCACUAGUAAUUGGCGACGAUAUGCAAUUUUACGAAAAAAUCACGUUUGGGAUAUUAUCGUCUAUUACCAGUUUUAUCCUAUGUUUCCAAUA